UGAUCCGCGUCACGGGCGUCGUCAUGGCAGUGUACUCUCGUAAAGUGACAGCGCUGUCGUGUUGUUAUCUUUGUGCCCCUAACUGAACUUUAAACAUCUUAAAUGUCGAACUGCGGUUUACUUGCCGUCAAGAAACUCGUAUAUUUACCAAAACUGGCGACGUGAUCAGAGAAUACUGCUCAAAUUGAAGCUUGGUGUAUGUGGAGUCUGAUGAUGGGUUUCUGGCAGCCGGUGACCAAUUUUAGAGAUUAUAUAUCCCAGAAUCCUCCAGGGGUUACAUGUUUCCUGUGUCUUUUAGCUCUGGCUAUCUCCUUUAUCUGCCUCAGCUCUUACAGCUACACUCACACUCUGCCAAACCCUGACACAGAAAAGGACUGGAACCACCUACUGGCCUCUUUGUCACAGUUCCAGCUGUGUGUAAAAGCCAAUGCAAUUUCAUCUGAUCUUGUCUCGCCGAUCCCAUCUCCUCUGAUGGAUAGAGACACUUCAAUUAACUCUACAAAGACUCCUCUCACCACUUUGCAUCUCAAGGUUCCUCUGGCUGUGACUACCAACUCAAACAGUGGCUCCCUAAAAGACCUUGGUUUACACACUGCCUUGAGAGCCAGUCAAUUAAAUCUUGGAGGAAAUGACAUUGCUAUUGUGACUCUGGAGUUUUUGUCUAAAAAUGAUACCUACACCUGCCUCACCAUAAGUGCCCCAGCGCAGCUCCUGCCCAUGAGACUACUUCCGCCAGAGUGCCCAGCAUAUGAGAAAAACAUUUCACCCAUCCAUGUGGAAGUGAGCAACCAGCAGCCUGCUGCAUCACAAACCUGCUACAGGCUCAACUCCAAGAGUGACCCUACACUCACAGUCAUGUUAACACAGGAGGAGCAGAGCGUGGCAGUGCAACAUCUGCUGGAAGUCAGUGUGUUUCUGCUCGGAGUUUGUUUGAUACUCUGUGUAGCUGCUAGUCUGACACGUACGCUCAUUCGCCGCCAUCAUUGGAACGGACUGGAUCUACAAAAUGAGCCCUUGAUUGGCACAUGAACAUUUUUCAUCCGCUGAACCCAAAAUAAAUCAUUUGGAGAGAAGA